CUGGUUUAUCUCUGUUUUGACUUCGAUUUUGAGUUUCUUUUCUGAAAUUGAAGAGAAGGUUGUUUAGGAAAAGGUUUCAACUUCGAUGCAAAAGAGGUUCAGUUUUUGUUUUGUUUUGAGUCUGUUGACUUAAGGUAGCUAUUUGGAUAGAAGGGUCUUCAUGCAGUGACUUGAUCAUGAUGGUUUUCUGGUGCUACAUUGGGCAUUGCUGCCUUGGAAAUGAUGAGGGGUUUGGUUUCCGUAUUGGGUUGUGCAUUAUGGAGUGUUUUUUUAAUCCACAUUUUAGUAUAUAGUUGUAUAUGCUUUAAAUUCUAUAGCCUACUUAAGGUGGAGAUUUCUUUGUAUGUUUGCUUGGGUGUUAACCGUAACAUUUGAUUCUAUGAAUGCAAUCCGUUGUUUCGCUCUUUGCAUUCUUUUUUCGGUAUCAUUUUUUAUGCACUGGAUUAGUUGUUUUAUAGUAUUUUGAACGUGAAUGGGCUUUGUUGCAGUGGAUCGAUAAGGAAGGGAAGACUCCCCUGAUACUGGCUUGCAUGAAUCCAGGCCUUUAUGAUGUUGCGAAAACUUUGAUAGAGUUGGGGGCUAACGUUAAUGCUUAUCGGGCAGGCCGUCAUGCGGGGACUCCUUUACAUCAUGCUGCUAAAAGGGGACUUGAACAGACUGUCAAAUUACUUCUCUCACAUGGAGCAAAUGCCCUUGUGAUGAAUGAUGACUGUCAGACUCCACUUGAUGUUGCUAGAGUAAAAGGAUUCAGCAAUGUUGUUCGUGCUAUAGAGAGCCACAUCUGCUUAUUUUCUGGUUGGUUACGGGAGCUUUAUGGACCAGGCUUUCUUGAAUUGCUUGCACCUCAGUUACUCUCCCGGAAAGUGUGGGUGGCUGUUAUUCCAUGUGGUUCCAGGAAUCUUAGAAAGCCUUUCAAGUUGGAACUUGCUGUAUAUGCCAAUCUGCAGGAUGCCCAACCUCGCACGAUCAUUGCUCUGUGGAAGGCCAAUAUGGCAGACCCAAACUUUAGCCAACCGGAUCCAACCGUCGUCAUUACUGAUUCCUCAUCCAGAACACGAAUCAAACUGGCUGCUGCUAAGGAGAGUGACAAACAACAGUUGCAGUGGUUUUGUAAUGCAUGCAAAGGGAUUCCUCAGGUUGUUCAGCCAGCAUUUUCUUUGAAUCCUGCACCUCAUGGUAUCCCGGCGACUGCUCCGCCAAGUUCAGAGGAUAUGGAAUUAGCCAUGGCAAUAAAUGCCUCUCUUCAGUCUGCUGUCCAAGAAAUACCACAUCAUCUGGAUUUUCACGCUGCUUCUCCAUCAAAUCCAUCCACAAGUCGGAUUAACAAUGAUGGUGUUACUAGUGGACAAGCUUUCCCCAAUAAGGGAAGCAGUAGUGGAGGUAAACACCCAGAAAGCAGUCCUACCGAACUAGCAGCUUCACAGGGGCAGGCCCAGGCUGGCCCGUCUUCUGCCGCAGCAACUGAGAACUCCACUGCUGGUUCCAUUCCAUCAGCACCACCUCUUGAAGAUUCACCUGAGGAUGAUGGCCCGAUUCAAUAUCCAUCCAUAGACAACAGCCCUCUUGAUUUAACUUCGCCUCCGGUGGACACAAAUGCUAAACACGCGGAAAAGAGUGAUGCAAGUGCUUCUUCUUCCUCGUGUGUAAUAUGCUUGGAUGCACCAGUCGAAGGAGCUUGCAUUCCGUGUGGUCAUAUGGCUGGAUGCAUGUCCUGUCUCAAUGAAAUCAAGGCCAAGAACUGGGGAUGCCCUGUUUGCCGUGCCAAUAUAGAUCAAGUGGUAAGGCUCUAUGCUGUUUAGCCAUAAUGUGCAUAUCAAUGUUUGUAAAUUAUAUGUCACGGAAAUGAUUUUGUAAUAUCUACAUGCUCGCUGUGUCCUGCAAUAUUUACUCGGCGUAUCGGAAGCUCGUUGAUUCGUUGAUAUUAUUUAUACACAAGAUGAUAAUAUUUUAAGUAGUGUGAUAAUCAUGUUUAUCCUGUCUAUGAUCAAAAUGAUCAUCAUCUGAAUUGCAGAAUUGAACUUAAAACAUUUGCUUGUCAAAAGGGCCACACCACUUCUGAAGUUGAGUAUCAGUACAUGUAAACUUUUAAGUGCAUUGUCAUUGUCCAUAAAAUUUGAUUUUGAAGCUGAAGAAGAUCUUCAGGAAUAUGUACCACUUUAGUGUGACAAACCACUUGUGUGGAAUUGACAAUGUCGCAGCAGAAUAACUUCAGUUCCAUGAUAAGCGACGUCUCUUGAAUUAGUCUGCAAAAAUGUUAUUCAACUUGCAAAAUCCAUCGCGCGUUCGUAAACAUAUUUUACUCUUUUCGUCCCAAAAAAAAUUACUACAAUUUAUCUCAUAUCGUUUUACUUUUGGCUGUAAUUACCUCGUGGAGG